AUGUUCGUUUCUAUCAAUCGUCGCUUUCUCUACGGUCUAUUAGUGCCGAGUACUGUUAUUAUUAUUGGUGGUAUUGUUUGGUAUCGUAAUCGUCGAAAAAAUGAACAACUUCGUUUAAAUCGUUCAGAAUAUCUUGUACUUGAAAUUCAAGUACCUGAUUAUUGUGUUGGAAGUAUAAUUGGUAAAGGUGGUGAAGUGAUCAAACGUUUUCAACAACAAUAUUCAGUUCGUUGUGCAUUUGCUAAAGAUGAUGAAAAAAUUCUUAAUGAAAAUUAUCGAAUAUUAAUUAUACGUGGACAACGUCAUCAUGUUUAUGAAGCUGAAGUUGAAAUACGUCGUUUAAUUGCUGACUUACCACAAUAUCAACAAAUUGAAAUGUUUAUACCUGAUUAUGCUUGUGGAUAUAUAAUUGGAAAAAAUGGUUCAAAUAUAAAAGAUAUUCGUGAUAGUACAAAAGCACGUCUUAAUUUGGAUAGAAAAAUUAUUGAUAAUAUAGAAAAUAAAAAAUUUACUCGUUUAAUUAUAUCGGGUACUAGUGAACAAAUUACAGCAGCUAAAACUUUAGUUGAAGAACGUUUAUAUCGAUUGGACCAAAAACAUAAAGAACUUGAUAAUAAUUCAGUUAUGACAACGGGUUCUUUUUUUGUUCUAGAUAGUAUGUCUUUAGAUUUAGAUCUUGAACAGUUUAAUGAUCAUUUAAAUGGAACAAGUAUUGGAGUAGAUGAUGUUGAUAGUCAAGAUGUUGAUAUGACAGGAAAUAUUCGACAUAAUGGACAAAAUCAAGCUGAAAAACGAGCACAUCAUAAUGCACUUGAAAGAAAACGACGUGAUCACAUAAAAGGAAGUUUCAGUGAUUUACGAGAUGUUAUUCCAUCAUUAAAAGGUGAAAAGGCUUCUCGUGCACAUGUUCUUAAAGCAGCGACUGAAUAUAUUCGGAAUAUUAAAACAAAAAAUUUACAACAUCAAAAAACAAUUGAAGAACUUAAAAAACAAAAUGCUAUAGUUGAAUUACAAAUUCGUCUUCUUGAGAGAGUGAAAGAAACAGGCCAAUAUACACGUCAUAUUAACAAUAAUCAUCAUCAUCACCAUCAUCAUCAUCAACAGCAAGAACAAUUGAAAAAAAUAGAAUUAGAAUUAAAUGGAAUUCAAACAACAAGGAAUUUAUUAACAAAUGAAAAUAAUCCAUCAAUAUCAUCUCAUAUAUAA